AUGGUGGACGAGUCGACUCCGUUGCAUUCGGAUGUGCGAGUGGCCGAGAUGUAUCGCCGAAGGCGCAUUGCUAAGAUCGUGGCCUUAGGAACCUUGGUACUUGUGGUCGUCGUGGUGUUAGGCUUUGCUGCCACCACAAACCAGACGCCGUCGUUGGCUACAAUCACGGACGCUGACGAUGCGACUACGACGUGUGGCACCGCAGCCAAUGAAGCGGGAUACAUCAAGCUACCCAACAAGCAGGACGACCAGUACUUUUAUUGGUUCUUUGAGUCUCGCAAUGCGCCCGCAACGGACCCGCUUAUCCUUUGGCUCAGUGGUGGUCCUGGAGUCUCCAGUCUCCUGACGCUAAUAACCGAGAACGGCCCGUGCUUCGUCAACGAAGACUUGUCCACUACGAUCAACCCCCAUUCGUGGAAUACUGAGGCCAAUGUCAUCUGGCUGGAUCAGCCCACCAACGUCGGGUACUCGAUUGGCACUCCGGCGGACGUCGACAAUAAUGAGAACGACGUCCAGGAGAAUAUUUUUUGGUUCUUACAAGGUUUUAUGGACAAACACCCCGAGUUCAAAGACCGUUCGUUGUUCCUCGCUGGUGAGAGCUAUGCUGGUCAUUACGUCCCGGCCGCGGCACACAAGAUCUACCGGGAGAACAAGACGACCAAGAAGAGACGUUUGAAUCUUCGAGGCAUCGCUAUUGGCAACGGUCUGGUCAACACCGUCGUGCAGCACGGCUUGGACAUGGCGAAGGUGGCAGAGGAACAAUGCACAGCGCUCGUGAGAGCGUGUCAAACCAACUCGAGCGUAUGCAUCGACGCUGGUGAGUUCUGUGAGGUUAAUGUAAUGGGCGCGUACGUUGGCGCGGGUCGCAACAUGAUGGAUAUCCGUCAGGAAUGCACUGAACUGGACCCGAUCUACUGUUACGGAGAUAUGGUCAAGCGAAUAACGGCGUAUUUGAACUCGGACGCUGUACGCUCAUACUUGAACGUAGCGAGUGUACACCCGGCGCCGUGGCAGUCAGCGUCAGCGGAUGUGGAGCUGGCGUUUGCUGCGGAUCUAAUGAAGACGUUCGAGCAGGACGUUGAGGCUUUGCUGCGUGACAGCUCCAUCCGAGUGUUGAUCUACCAUGGCGACGCCGAUCUGGUGUGCAAUUGGUACGGCGGACUGGCGUGGACGAGAGCGUUGACGUGGCCUCAUCAGACAGAGUUCCAGGAGACUGAAGAACACGCGUUUGAGGUCGAUGCGAGAGACGUCGGAAGCGUUUGGACGUACGCUAAGCGGUUGACGUUCCUGCGAGUGUUUAACGCUGGCCACAUGGCGCUCAUGGACCAACCGGAAGUGACACUGGAGAUGAUCAACCGGUUCCUGCGCAGUAAAGAGCUGUAG